GUUGCAGAGCUGCCAUCUAGAGGCCCCUUCCUGCAGCGUAUAUAACGCCCUCCUGCCGCCGCGAGCUCACACAUCGCGGAGCUGCUCAGCCCCAAGGCAGCGAGCGAGUGCGGGAGCCGGAGCCGGGAGCCGGGAGCCGGGAAGGCGAGCCGCCCGCCCUACGCCGGAGCCCCGCUGGGAGGCCAUUGGAUCGCUGCCCUUGACACCAUGGACCUGCAUCUCUUCGACUACUCGGAACCGGGGAACUUCUCCGACAUCAGCUGGCCAUGCAACAGCAGCGACUGCAUCGUGGUGGACACGGUGACGUGCCCCAGCCUGGCCAACAAGAGCGUUCUGCUGUACGUGCUGUCCUUGGUGUACAUUUUCAUCUUCGUCAUCGGCAUGAUCGCCAACUUCGUGGUGGUCUGGGUGAACAUCCAGGCCAAGACCACCGGCUACGACACGCACUGCUACAUCUUAAACCUGGCCAUCGCCGACCUGUGGGUGGUUGUCACCAUCCCGGUCUGGGUGGUCAGCCUCGUGCAGCAUAACCAGUGGCCCAUGGGCGAGCUCACGUGCAAGGUCACCCACCUCAUCUUCUCCAUCAACCUCUUCGGGAGCAUCUUCUUCCUCACGUGCAUGAGCGUGGACCGCUACCUGUCCAUCACCUACUUCACCAACACCUCGAGCCACAGGAAGAAGACGACGCGCCGUGUGGUCUGCGUCCUGGUGUGGCUGCUGGCCUUCUGCGUGUCCCUGCCCGACACCUACUACCUGAAGACCGUCACGUCCGCGUCCAACAACGAGACCUACUGCCGGUCCUUCUACCCUGAGCACAGCGUCAGGGAGUGGCUGAUCAGCAUGGAGCUGGUGUCCGUCAUCUUGGGCUUUGUCAUUCCGUUCUGUGUCAUUGCCGUCUCCUACUUCCUGCUGGCCCGAGCCAUCUCGGCGUCCAGCGACCAGGAGAAGCACAGCAGCCGGAAGAUCAUCUUCGCCUACGUGGUGGUCUUCCUGGUGUGCUGGCUGCCCUACCACCUGGUGGUGCUCCUGGACGUCUGCUCCAUCCUGCACUACAUCCCCUUCACCUGCCAGCUGGAGAACUUCCUGUUCACGGCGCUGCACGUCACGCAGUGCCUGUCCCUGGUGCACUGCUGCGUCAACCCCGUGCUCUACAGCUUCAUCAACCGCAACUACCGCUACGAGCUGAUGAAGGCCUUCAUCUUCAAGUACUCGGCCAAAACCGGCCUCACCAAGCUCAUCGACGCCUCCAGGGUGUCCGAGACGGAGUACUCGGCCUUGGAGCAGAGCCCCAAAUGACAGCUCACCGGGUCUCCGGACACGCGCGCUUGCUGUCAGCCGGCCACCGGGCAGCGUCGUUUCUAAGAUAAAGCCGAGGGGCCUCGGGGCUCGACGGGCAGCCUGAAGGGGGGCACACCUGUCACCGUGCAUCCUCUCUCUCUCUCUCCUGCCAGCGUGGCUGUCACGGGCUGUGCAUUCUGAGUUACGUCACGUGGGGUUUGUCAGAGCCAGCGAUGGGAUGGCUUUGCCUGCACUUCUGUAAAAUAGGACUUUCUGUGUUUCCCGAAGGUUUUAUACGGUGUUUUGUAUUUAAACGUUAAGACUUUAUUUUCUCACUCUUUGCUGUACCUUAUUGGAAAGUUUAUAUUUUAAAUGUUGUAUGGGCGGUAUAAUGCUGACAUAUAUUCAGAGUGCUGUAGCGUUAAGAUUAGCUUGACUUUGGUUUUGACUAAGGAUAACAUUCACUGUUAGCUGUUGUGGAAUUUUAUAUACAUAAAUGUAUAAAUAUAUAAAUAUAUGCCAGUCUUGGCAGAAAUGUUUUAUUUACGACAGUCUUACAUCUGUGUGGUGCUUCGUGCCAGCAUGGGAUAUGGAGCGAGAACUGCUCUGUAAUACAGUUUCUGACAUUAAUAGUAUUUGUAAA